AUGUACGCCCGGGCACCGCCCUUAUCAUCGGCCACCGAAGCUCAACUCGCCGCUCAGCAACAGCAUGGCGCUGCCGCGAUACCUACAGCGGCAUCAGAAGAAGCUGUAUCAGCACCACCGCCGCCGCCACCGAACCACCAGUGGCGGCAGCCGCCUCCGCCUCCAGAGAUGCCUGUCCAGUCGCCCUGGCGGCGCUCAGCUUGCGACCGCUGUCGCGCUCAAAAGCUGAGGUGUCUGCGCUCCAAGGAGGACGACACCUCGAUACCUUGCACGCGUUGCCUCCGCGUCCGGCAUCCAUGCUUUACCAGCUCAGCCAAGCCGCCUGGGAGGAGCUCUGGGAGGCUACCACCGGCGUCAGAGCUGACCGCGGCUGCGAGCAGAUCAGCUGGUAACAAGAGGGCGGCCCGACAGCGGGCAAGCGAGCGUGUCUCCCCUGUUGCCCCAGGCCAGCAAUCGCCCAUGUCGAUGGAAUGGCCCUUGUUAUACCAAGAAGGGGACCAAAGCGAAGAGGCUGCGGUCUUUGAAGAGGGCGUCAUGAACAUGAUCUCCUUCGAUGAGAACCAGCCCAUCGACUUCUUCAGAUAUCUAGCCUCGAUGCCACCCUGCAUUUCGGCUUCGCCGCCUUAUGGGUUCGACCUUGUACGGGAAGGGCUGGACCACGAGCAUGAGGAUGCCAUGGAUCUGGUCCAGGAAGACCAAAUUCCCAUGGCGUCUCUGGCCCCAGCUCCGCCGAUCCAGCACUGCCGGGGCGUCCUGCUGGCGCGGCUCUUAGAAUCUCUGUCGACGCAGCUGGUGCAGCUCAAUUCGGAAUCCUGGGACCUCGGAGUUUUGAGCGUGACGAGCUCGACCGUGGACUCUGGCGAGGUAGACGUUGCUGCCGCAGAGGCGCUCGCUCGCGACGUGCCAGUAUUCAACCCGCUGUUAUCCAUCCUCGUCAGCACGAGCAAGUUCCUAGAUAUCUGCAAACUAUUCGUGGCACCCGAGGCCAGCGGCGGAGCCGGCGAAGCAUCCGCGGCGACAAGUGCGGCUGCGGAGGUAGUAACUCAGGCGGUUCCGAGGGCACGGUUGUUCUCCACGCACGAGAUCGGCGACAGCCGACCGUCGUUUUCAUCUCCAUCCUCUCUUUCUGGCUCGACCCGGGUUGCGUCCUCGUCCUCGUCGUCGCCACCAAAAGGGACCGAGUCGUGUUCCUCCUCGCCGAGGAUGCCGACCGGCCAAGUGGCCAUCACCGCCUCCCAGCUGCUGACGCUGGUCUCAUGCUACCUGCAAGUAGUCACCAUCUACAACGACAUAUUCUCCCAUCUCCUCGCCCAGCUUGCCCAGCCGCAACCGCCACCGCCAUCAUCGUCGUCUACACAGCACCAGGUGAGCGCCGUCCCCGUUCCUUCCGGCGCAAACGCAAACGCAUCUACCUUCGGUGGCACGCUGAUGACGCCCAGCCUGGUGCUUGCCGGGUUUUCCGUGCCGUUGAGCUCGAGCCUGCGGAUGCGGCUGCUGGUAGAGGUAGUGGAGCACCAGUUCGAGCAGAUCGAACACACCUUGGGCCUGCCCGGCCCGUACCGCGUGUCGACCGCGAGUCACCCCGGGCCACAGAGUCAGCAGCGGAAAAACGGCACUGAUGGUGGCGGCGGGCUCCUCGCCAGACGGGAGGCGCCGACGCUACUUGACGCCGUAAUUGGGCUGUCGAGCAAGGUGGACGAUGCUGACAGCAACGACUGUGGCGGGAUCGGGGUCGUCGCGUCGCUCCGAGAAAAUCUGCGAAAGGCACAGCGAGUGCGGAGAGGUGGGGGUUAG